GUGGUGGGAGGCGGAGAAAAGGGAGCGCAUGCGUAGGCGCAUACUCUUCCGGUCUUUUUUUUUUUUUUUUAGCUCCGCCUUUGGCUGUUUGGUCUCCUUAACCUAUAGAGUGUUCCUGGCUGCUCCUUCUUGGGCCCAGAUGAGGAAACACUUCGAGGUUGUGAUUUAUCAUGAUGACUCAGCUGGUAUCUGAGACAGGAUUUAACCCAGGUCUCUAAAGCCAGGCCCAGUGUACUGUCCACUACAGUAUACUAUCCCAAAUAGAACAUAAGUUCAAAGAGGUGAGAGGAAGUUUAUAGAAGAGGAAGUGAUGUGGUCACACCGAUGUUUUAGGAAAAUCACUUGGAUGAACUAUAUGGGAGAGAUUUAUGCUCAUUUUUACAGAAGAGGAAACUGAGGCAAACAUGGAGAAGUGACUUACCCAGGAUCACCUAGCUAGUGUCUGAUACCAGAUUUGAACUAAAGUCUUUCUGACUCCAGGCCCAGCAGUCCAUCUAUUUUGUCACCUAGUACCCGUUUAACAAAAUGCUGGAGUGGCAGGUGACAGCAGUCACCUGAGCGGCACUGGCCUGUGAAGGUGCUGCGCUGUCAUGGCGGCAGCAAGAUCCCAGACUGCUGAGCUUAAAGCGAUGGCUAGUGCAUCAGUGGCCCGGCCUCCAUCGUCAUCGUCACCGCCACAGCUGCUACUACUUCUGCUGGCGCUGUUGCUUGCCACUGCCGCCGCGGAGCAGCAGGUGCCGCUGGUGCUCUGGUCAAGCUCUCGGGACUUGUGGGUCCCACUGGAGAAUGCCCACGAAGGGCACAUCACCACGGAUGGCCAGCUGGCCUCCUACCUGGACCCGGUCCUGGAGAAGGGACCCCGAAAUGUGCUGUUGUUCCUGCAGGAAAAGCUAAGCAUUGAAGACUUCACUACAUAUGGCGGUGUGUUUGGCAGCAAGCAAAACAGUGCUUUCUCUAAUCUGGAGAAUGCGCUGGAGUUGGCUCCCUCUUCCUUGAUUCUGCCUUCGGUGGACUGGUAUGCAGCCAGCACCUUGACCUCUUACCUGAUGGAGAAGCUAGGAGCUAGUCCCCUCCGUGUAGACCAGGCCACCCUGAGGGAGCUGAAGCUCAGCGACACCCUUCCUGCUCUGCUACUCCCGAGCCUGCCAUACACCACCAGUUCCGGCUUGAUGGCCCUGAAAGAAGUGCUCACAGGCAAUGAUGAGGUUAUUGGGCAAGUGAUGAACACCCUCAGGGCAGAAGGUGUGCCCUAUACGGCCAUACUGACUGCUGUUCGGCCUUCCCGGGUGAUUGGGGACUUGUCGAUGGUGUCUGGGGGUCUGGGGCGGCACCUCCUUGGAGAGCAUGAGGAUUUUAAGCCUGAGCCACCCCCGUCCCCGCCCCUCCCCCCAGUGAGCUACAAUGACACAGAGCCUCGAAUCCUCUUUUGGGCCCAGAAUUUCACGGUGGCCUAUAACAAUGAGUUGAGGGACCUGACUGCACUCACCUUUGGAAACCCAGCCCUCAACCUGAGCAGCUCCAGCUGGAACAGCUCCUUUGCCCAGCUCGCCAUGACUUACGAAAACGUCUUUGGCCCACUCCUGACAGUCAAGCUCAUCCUGAACAAUCGCUUGUACCCCGUUUCGGCCCGGAAUUGGUUCACCAUGGACCACCUAGAAAUCCACGUCAACAACUCGGUGGUUGUCUUCAAUUCAUCCCACAUCACAGCACCCAGCAUCUAUUCCUUCCACUGCGAGUACGUUAGCACGGAACGGUCCAAGAAUAGCCUCCUGGUGGCUUUGCCCAGCUCCUCCGCCUGGCACGUGACUUUCCAGGAUUUCCAGAUUCAGGCCUUCAACCUGUCCAGUGGGAACUUCUCGUAUGCCAGCGACUGCGCCAGCUUCUUCUCCCCUGGCAUCUGGAUGGGGUUGGUCUCCUCCCUCAUCAUGCUCUUCAUCUUCACCUAUGGGCUGCACAUGAUCCUCAACCUCAAGACCAUGGACCGCUUCGAUGACCACAAGGGGAGCACCCUCUCCGUGCCCCUGACCGAGUGACCCUUCCUUGGGCUCCCAGCCUCAGUAGCUAGCUAGGCCUCCCUGUACCUGCUUUCUCCUUCUCCAUGGAAACCAAAAGCAGACCCCAGGAGAAAGGCAGGCCUGCCUCACCAGCUCCCCCCCCUUCCUUUCUCCUCCCCUCCCCCACAGUGUAUGAAAAAGCCCCCCCUCCACCCUAUUUAUUUCCCCAACAAGCCCUGCCCUCUGGACUAGCUACUUUGUGGGGGGUGGGGGUGGCCUAAGCUUGGCCAUCGUGUCAUCGUGUUCGUGGUGGUCACUUCUUGUGUCUUCGUAUUUUGCUCUUUGGCUGUGAUGAGAAAUAAAAUGGGGUGAGGCCUAAAAAAAAAAA